AAGUCAGUGUAUUGUGUUACUUUAGGAAAACUUGUCGAAGAGAGGACCAUUAGACUGAGAACUGCAUAAAGGCCAAGGUGUGUGUAACAGAAACCCUGGAACUAAUGGAGCUCACAGAAGGAAUGUCCAAAGGCCUGGUGAAUUUCAGGAACCUGACUAAUUCCUCAUGGCAAGACUGUUCCCGUAAUAACGUCCUGAAGACAACGGUGUUCCCAAUCCUGUAUUGUCUUCUCUUCCUGCUUGGAGUAAUCUUCAACAGCCUUGCAGCAUGGGUGUUUCUCAGCAUACCCAGUCGCUCACACUUCAUCAUUUACCUAAAGAACAUUGUCGUGGCUGAUGUCCUCAUGACUCUGACUUUUCCAUUUAAGAUCCUGUCUGACUCAAACAUGGCCUCGGUUAGUCUCCGCAUCUUCGUCUGCCGCAUUUCUUCUGUGGUUUUCUACCUUACCAUGUACAUCAGCAUCCUGUUCUUUGGCUUUAUCAGCAUUGACCGCUGUAGAAAGACUCUCUAUCCUUUCAUUGGCACCAAUUCUAAACGUUUGGCCCACAGGAAGCUCCUUUCAGCUGGUAUCUGGGUGUCCUUGCUGGUGCUUUCCAUUCCCAAUAUGAUUUUUACCACCAAGGUACCUAAAUCGGACCAAUUCAGCUGCAGUAGCCUGAAGACAGAGCUUGGCUUAAAGUGGCAUGAAGCGGUCAACCAUAUCUGCCAGGUCAUCUUCUGGGGGAAUCUGAUAGCAGUAGUGGUAUGUUAUAUACUCAUCACCAAGGAGCUGUUCAAAUCAUUUGCACGGACUCGCAUUCUGAAUACAGCAGCUCAGAGCCAGCAGAGGAAGAAGAGGGUGAGAGUUAAUGUGUUCCUUGUUCUUGCAGUGUUCUUCAUAUGCUUCGUGCCAUUUCACUUUGCCCGAGUGCCUUAUACCCUCAGCCAGACGAGGAAAGGUCACUUUGACUGUCGCCAGAAACUUAUCUUCUUCCAGGUGAAAGAGAGCACACUGUGGUUGUCCUCUUUGAACUCUCUUCUUGACCCGCUCAUCUAUUUCUUCCUCUGCACGUCCUUCAGGGACUCACUGUUCAAAAUCCUACGAAUCUCGCCUGGAAAGUGUUGGGCAUUGCAGCAGAGUACGGAAACUGCUGCAAAUAGCAACCCUGUGGGAAAUCACUCAACACAAAUAUAGUCCAGGGGGGUUUCUAUGACUGACUCAUUUCCUAAUGAUCCUGAAUGUGAGGUUUUAAAUCUCUGUUGAGGUUUUAUAGUGAAAUUCAAUGUUACAAACUGCAUAUUCAGAAUAUACUGUAUAUUUUUAUGAAAAUCACAAUGUAAUUUUGAAAUCAGUAAAAAGCUGGAGGCCUCAAAAGACCUAGACGGACAGCAAUGCAAGUUAAAAUGUAGAUGUCUACUGAGCUUAACCUGUAUCUCAGGAGGAACAUUCAGUUUGACAGUUGAAUCUUUAUGACUGUUUCAAAUACUGUAUGUAUAUUUUUACAAAUGCAUAAAUUGUAUUUCCUUCUUUUGCACAAAAAGCCACUGUGCUGCAUUUAUACAGGAUAUGUAGCAGAUUCUUUCAUUUUCAAAAUAAGAAACGAGACUGUCAGUGAUGGCGUAGCUCACUCCGGCCCCAUCUACGACGGACAACACAUGAUGGCAUAAACUCAUCACCUGUCAGUCGGAUGAACUCACAAACAAAAAUGUCCAGAAACGUAAAAGUUUUACAGAAGCAAUGAUCUAAAGUGGGCCACGUUACGCAAUAAAUGUUGCAAGCUAUAUACACUAUACAGUAUACAAGCUAUAUAUUGUAGAAGCUACAGUAUAUACAUCCUAGGAAUACCUACCUAUUUGCCAGAAAGAAUCAAAAAUGGCAAGGAAUUGAUCGAGAAGAAGCGAUUUUUGUUGAACUGCUUAUUAAGGAUUAAUUAGUCCAUCACUUCAUUAAUAAUUGUAAUUCAGCAAAUCUGGGUAGAAGUUAUAUGCACCAUAGAUACCCCUACCUUCAUGCCAGAAAGAAUCAAAAUCAGUGAAGAAUUGAGGGAGAAGAAGUGAUUUGUAUGAAAACUGCUCAUGAGGGUUUAAUUACUCCAUAUCUUCAUUAUUAUUUGUAAUUAUGCAAAUUUGGGUAGAAGCUACAUGCACCCCAGGCAGACCUACCUUCCUGCCAAAAAGAAUAAAAAUCGGUGAAGAACUGAGAGAGAACAAGUGAUUUUCGUGAAAUGUAGAUGAUGCCAGAUGGACGACGGACAACACAUGAUGGCAUAAACUCAUCACCUGUCAGUCGGAUGAACUCACAAACAAAAAUGUCCAGAAACGUAAAAGUUUUACAAUUAUGAAUUAUGUUUUAACCAAUUGUAAUGUCUGCCUGGCUGAUUCGCUUGGCUUUUGCAUCUACAUCACUAAAUGCA